CCUGUGCGCCAUCCUCCUGCCGCCCCUCGCCCCAGAGAUGGAUUUAGGGAACUGGGCAUCAGUCAGGCGCAACCGCGGGGGGCCCCUCUGCGCCCUCGGCGCUGCAGAGCUGGGAAGGUACGCGUGCAGGAGAUGCACGCACGCGGGCGAGCUUUGAACCAGUAUGGCUGAACCCCGCCAGGAGUUUGAUACAAUGGAAGAUCAUGCUGGGGACUACACUCUGCUCCAAGACCAGGAAGGAGAUGUGGACCAUGGUUUAAAAGGCUCUCCCCCACAGCCCCCCGCCGAUGAUGGAUCGGAGGAGCCAGGGUCGGAGACCUCUGAGGCUAAGAGCACUCCAACUGCUGAAGACGUGACUGCGCCCCUAGUGGAAGAGACAGCUCCCGACAAGCAGCCCCACAUGGAGAUCCCAGAAGGAACCACAGCUGAAGAAGCAGGCAUUGGAGACACCCCAAACCUGGAGGACCAAGCUGCUGGGCAUGUGACUCAAGAGCCAAAGAAGGUCGAAAUUUACCCAGAAAGUUUGCUUGGCGAGCCAGGGUGUCGUGAAGGCCAGGUCCCAGAUUCGGGGAUCUCAGACUGGAUCCGCCAACCAGUGCCUGCCAUGCCUGGGGCUUCCUUCCUGUCACAAGGCCUCAGAGAGGCUACAUGUCAACAUUCGGGGACAAGACUGGAGGAUGUAGAGAGAAGCCACCCAGCCUCUGUGCAGCAAGAGCCGCCUCAGAAGGAGGGCUGGGGCAAAGACAGGCUGGGGAGCCAGGAGGAGAUGGAUGAAGAUCUUGACAUGGAUGUGUCCUCCCAGGACUCCCCUCCCUCCCAGGCCUCCCUGGUCCUUAGCAGGGCAGCCCCUCAGGCUGUCUCCCGGGAGACCACUAGCAUGCCUGGGUUCCCAGCUGAGGGUGCCAUCCCACUUCCUGUUGAUUUCCUCUCCAAAGUCUCCACAGAGACCCAGGCCUCGCAGCCAGAAGGGCCUGGCACCGGGAGCAUGGAAGAAGGGCAGGAGGCUGCUCCUGAGUUCACAUUCCAUGUGGAAAUCAAAGCCGGCAUGCCGAAGGAGCAGGAUUUGGAAGGGGUUACAGUGGUGGGGACCCCUGGAGAGGAGCAACAGGCCCAAGGCCCCUCUGUGAGAAAGGGCAGCAAAGAGGCUAGCCUUCUGGAAUCACUUGACAAGCAGUCUGCAGCUGGCCUGCCAGGAAGGCCGGUCAGUCGGGUCCCUCAACUUAAAGCUCGUGUGGCCAGUGUAAGCAAAGACAGGACCGGAAACGAUGAGAAGAAAGCGAAGACAUCCACACCUGCUAAAACCCUGAGCAAUAGGCCCUGCCUUAGCCCCACACGCCCCACUCCUGGUAGCUCAGACCCUUUGAUCAAACCCUCCAGCCCUGCCGUGUGCCCUGAGCCAGCCACCUCUCCUAAACACGUCUCUUCUGUCACACCCCGAAAUGGCAGUCCCGGAACAAAGCAGAUGAAAGUCAAGGGGGCUGAUGGGAAAACCGGGACGAAGAUCGCCACACCUCGAGGAGGAGCCCCUCCAGGCCAGAAAGGCACAUCUAAUGCCACCAGGAUCCCAGCCAAGACCACGCCCAGCCCAAAGACUCCUCCGGGCUCAGGCGAACCACCGAAAUCCGGAGAACGCAGCGGCUACAGCAGCCCCGGCUCUCCCGGAACCCCUGGCAGCCGUUCUCGCACGCCAUCCCUACCAACACCCCCGACCCGGGAGCCCAAAAAGGUGGCAGUGGUCCGCACGCCCCCCAAGUCACCGUCUGCCAGUAAGAGCCGCCUACAGACGGCCCCUGUGCCCAUGCCAGACCUGAAGAACGUCAGGUCCAAGAUUGGCUCCACUGAGAACCUGAAGCACCAGCCAGGAGGCGGGAAGGUGCAGAUAAUUAAUAAGAAGCUGGAUCUUAGCAACGUCCAGUCCAAGUGUGGCUCAAAGGACAAUAUCAAACACGUCCCGGGCGGCGGCAGUGUACAAAUCGUCUACAAGCCAGUGGACCUGAGCAAGGUGACCUCCAAGUGCGGCUCCUUAGGCAACAUCCACCAUAAACCAGGAGGUGGCCAGGUGGAAGUAAAGUCAGAGAAGCUGGACUUCAAGGACAGAGUCCAGUCAAAGAUCGGCUCCUUGGACAAUAUCACCCAUGUCCCUGGAGGAGGGAAUAAGAAGAUUGAAACCCACAAGCUGACCUUCCGGGAGAAUGCUAAAGCCAAAACUGACCAUGGGGCAGAAAUCGUGUACAAGUCACCUGUGGUGUCCGGGGACACAUCACCACGGCACCUCAGCAACGUGUCCUCUACGGGCAGCAUCAACAUGGUGGACUCACCGCAGCUUGCCACACUAGCCGACGAAGUGUCCGCUUCCUUGGCCAAGCAGGGUUUGUGAUCAGGC